CUGUCUGAGGAUCGGAAACGUGUGAGAAAUGGAGACAAACGCCAGGAUCUGCCCGACAACCCUGAGAGAUUUGAUUGUUGUGUCUGUGUCCUGGGCGCUGAGGGGUUCACGGGCGGAAGGCGUUACUGGGAGGUGGAGGUGGGAGACAAGACAGGCUGGGAACUGGGGGUUUGUAGGGAAUCUGUGAGCAGGAAGGGAUGGUUCAUAGCCACACCUGGGAAUGGAUGCUGGGUCGUGCAGCUGAGGGAUGGAGGAUACAAGGCCUGCACCUACCCCAGGAACCCCCUCCCCGUGAGCGUCAGGCCCAGCCGGGUGGGGAUUUUCCUGGACUAUGAGGCGGGCGAGGUCUCGUUUUACAAUGUGACUGACAGGUCCCAUCUCUUCACUUUCACUGGCACCUUCUCCGGGAAGCUCCGCCCUUAUUUCUAUCCUGGUGUCAAUGCUGGGGGUACAAACGUGUCUCCCCUGAUAAUCUGCCCGGUCCCAGCUCAGGCCGGAGGGAAUCUCUGUCCCUGACAGUGACCCCGCGGCACAGACUGGCCCCUCCCAGCCCUGCUGCUCUUCCCACCCCCAGUGGUGGGGGCC